AUGAGGGUAUCAAUAUCGGUUCCAGACAAUCCUCAUAAAGACACAACGGUUCUGCUGAAGGAGUUUUUAGACAUAAUCCCAGACUCCCAUGCCGGCAGCACAGACGAAGAGCCGGAGAUCUCCAUAAAGAUAGUUGAGGAUGUAGGGCCUCAGUGGAUAGUUUUCAAGAACUCCCAACUUCAGAUAGUUUUAAAGAUAAUCCAGUACAAGUCCAGAGAUUUUCUAAGGGUAUCUAAGCCUAUUUCAAAGGACCAUCCUCCCCAGCUCAUUGUAAAUAACUUCACGACAGAUAUUGGAAUGAAGAUAGUUGAGUUUCUGGCGAGUAUGUUCCCAUUUAGCCAAGGCUCCAGGCAGGUUGCAAACUUUACUGUUCAAGGAGACUUUAUCUACUUCAGACUAUACAAGUACUGUUUUGGUGAAAAAAGCCCAAUUAUGGAGAAUGUAGGGCCGCACUUAACACUGAGGCUUUGGAGAAUGAUAGAAUAUAAUGGGAACGAAAAGAAGGUUAUGAAUUUCAAGAAGUUUAUCAAAAAUUCGAAUUUAUUGUGA